GCCGGCGAGGACUGACCCACUCCCCGCCAGCACCACGCGGCGCCAGCAGGACUCAGACCAAAAUGGCUACCUUAAGGACAAGCCUUCCCUCUAGACACAUGUGUGCCAACUCCUCUCAGGAAGACUCAGCCUGACAGUGAUCAUCAAUCACAGGCUGCUUUUCAGAGAGCCUUCAGAGAAGAACUUCCCCUAGACCAGGGACUGAAAACAACCAUUUAUGCCAAAAGAGUUUUGGACAGAAGAGUGUUUUGGAUGGAAGAUAAGGAAUUUGAGUUUUAACCUGAGAUGCAGAAGUGGAUGAAGUGAAGUAGUGCUGAGAAGCAGCAGCAGAUUGGAAAAUCACCACUAUAGAGACAGGAGUAGAAACUGUGGAUUCAGACAGAAGUGACAAGAUUUGCCUUAUCUGGCCACAGAAAGAAGUCUAUAUCCAUGACCAAAUACAAGUGUAUGGCUGCAGACAGCUUUAAAAAUGGCUGAUCAGAUCUCAUCUGUGCAAGGGAACAAAGGUGGGAUUUGCAUACUGGCCUGUAUAUUUCUUAUUAUGUUGUCCUUUCAUGUCAGUGGGCAAGAGCAUUCAGGAUACCAGUCAGGUGAUGAAGGUACUGACAGGGGGACAGAAUCAUAUCUGUAUGUGCAUGAAGCAGACAGUACACUUAUCGAUGGCUACGAAUCAGGAGAUGACAUGAGGAUGACCACCACAAGCUUCCCUUACAUAACAGACUACCCUAGCAGCUAUUACCUAGAGGAGACCACGGCUGCUUAUUAUGAGUCAAUAUCUUCUGGAUAUUAUUUGAACAGAGAGGAAUAUACUUAUCCUACUCCAACAGAGCCCUAUGACAAUGCGAAGGAAGUUAUUACCCUAACCGCGAGGACACCAUUCAGUAGAAAGAAAGAUCCCUUCUCAGUUCCUAAUGUCUCAGGGGAAACAGAAGUCAUUGAUCUGUUGCGAGAAUUAGGAGUCCCCAGUGCUUCUGGAGUCAAUACUGUUCCAGGAUCACAAAGUGACCGGACAGCAUAUCAGCUUGGACCACAUGUGCACAUUACAAGAAAAACCAGAUUACUUCCCCCACAGGGGCUCUCCCAGGAAUUCUCUGUAGUUUCUACCUUCAGAAUGAGGGAGGAUACCUCUCAGGUAGUGUGGGAUCUCUGGAGAGUGAUGGACAGUGCCAGAGCUGAUCAGUUUAGGCUGCGUCUCUAUGGAGAAAGCUCUGCAGUUGACAUAUACAGUGCAGCAGGAGAAGCAUCAGGUAGUGAGCUCACCACCUUUGAGAAUGUGGAGAAGCUUUUUGAUGGGACAUGGCACAAGCUUGCCCUUAGUGCCAGGAGAAACCAGCUUACCUUAUAUAUAGACUGCCAGCCAGUGGGCACUGCCCCUGUCAGUCAUUAUGGAGCAAUCAGGACAGAUGGAAACAUUGUCUUGGCUAAGAGAAUAAAGGAUGACAUCACUACACUGGUGGAUGUGCAGCAACUUCAGCUUUACACAGACCACAACCGGGCAGAGGACGAAACGUGUUGUGAAGUACCUGGAGUGGAAGAUGUCCGGUGUGGGAGCUCAGGUCACAGGAAGAUUCCAGAAACCUGCAGUUGCCAGCCUGGAGUGCCAGGCUAUGCUGGCUUUCCUGGUACAAAGGGUGAAAAAGGUGAUCAAGGUGCCUCAGGCUUCCCAGGAUUGCAAGGAAGACAGGGUGAUCCAGGAGAAACAGGUUCUGAAGGACCUUCUGGAUAUUCUGGAGCCCUGGGUUUCAUCGGUAUACCUGGAGAGAGAGGUGAAUUGGGUCCCCCAGGGAAAAAGGGUGAACCUGGUUUGCCUGGACCUGAAGGUGAAUCUGGAAUAAAAGGAGAAGCAGGUGACAUUGGGAGGAGUGGUGAGGAUGGCAGCUCUGGUGCUCCAGGAGAGGAGGGUUCACAAGGAACACCAGGAAAACCAGGACCUCCGGGGCCAGAUGGACCAAAGGGCUUUGCUGGUGCUAAUGGACCCAAAGGAGCCCAUGGAAAGCAAGGAUCUAUGGGUUAUCCAGGAGCCAUGGGAGAAGCUGGAGAAGCAGGGCCUAAGGGAGAUGAAGGACCUAUGGGAAUCCCAGGCAGUGAUGGCAUUCCAGGAAGAGAUGGUCCACUGGGAAUCCCAGGAUUAGAGGGUGAGAUUGGACUCAUGGGACCAAAGGGUAGCAAAGGUGAGCAGGGUCCCAAGGGACCACCAGGAAGAUCAGGCUCCAUGGGAGCCAAAGGUGUGAUGGGUGAUCCUGGUCUACCAGGUAAACCCGGUUCUAAAGGAAUAAAAGGCCAAAAGGGGGCUCAAGGUGAGACUGGAGAUCAAGGCCCAAAGGGUGAUACUGGAAGAAAAGGAGACAUUGGGGAUGCUGGAUCCCAGGGUGAUCCCGGAGACAGGGGAGACAAAGGCCAACAAGGAGAAUGUGGAUCUCCUGGUCCAGUUGGUCCAGAAGGCCCAAGAGGUGUCCCUGGUUUACCUGGUCCAAGAGGUUUUCCAGGCUUUGUGGGGGAGAAUGGAAUAAUUGGUCCCCCUGGACCUCCAGGGCCUCGUGGACCUGAGGGGCCAGGAAUGCCUGAGGAGCACGUGUAUGAACUGUGUCGUAAUGUGAUCAUAGCUCAGAUAGCCCAAUAUUCAGCAGGUAUCAGAUACAAAUGUGCCAGUGCUUGUCCCACUGCUAAUCUGACACUAAUUGGACCCCCAGGACUUCCUGGCAUGGCAGGACCACCUGGAAAAAAGGGAAAACCAGGUCUUCCUGGACUUACUGGGAAACCUGGCCCCAGGGGACCUACUGGAUUUCCUGGAGUUAAUGGAGAAGUUGGGGAACCAGGAGAAAAAGGCCAGAAAGGUGAUAGAGGAGAUCUGGGUAAAGGACUCCCUGGACCAGAUGGACCUCCAGGGUCUAUAGGGGUUCCUGGACAUCCCGCUACUGCCCAAGAUGGCCAGCCAGGCCCAACAGGCCCUCCUGGAUACAGCGGCCCUCCUGGGCAGCCUGGAUUUCCUGGUCCUGUAGGCAUCCCUGGCCUGUGUGAAGCAACAGAUUGUGGUAUCUACGCUCCAAAACUGCUGGCAGAACAGGAAUCUGUAAAGGGACCAGCAAUUUAACUGUAAAAGAGUAAUAAUGCAAGGCUAAGAGGUUAAAAACAGCUCAAUGUCUCUAACACCCACUGUAAAAUUCUUACUCCGACUGUUGUUAUUUCUUCAGUAUAUAUCUCAGUCAUAUGCUGUGCUACCUCAUCAUUACAAUGAACUCCUGUGCCACCCAGAGAAAAAGUCAUUAAGAGGGCAUUUGCUCUAAUAGAGUUAGUUAACUUGCUGCAUCAUAAUCAUGAAAAAAUCUGGUUGGAAUUAUUAUAAGUAGAGGAUUGUUAUAAACAGAGUUUGUAAUACUAUUGUACUCUAUGUGCAAAUUGUGCAAUGAGAAUAUUGUACAAAUACUGUAGGCAAGUAAAUAUGAUACCAAGUCCAGCUCAAAAGAUUCUUCCCUCAGUACCACCAAGCACUGCUCAGUUUUGAGUGUGCUGAUAAAAGCUCUUGAGUUGUUUGAUUACCCAUUGAUACACACUACAAUAACCUGACUUUUUACUUAGAUUUGGUUUUGGACAUUUCAUUUAUAUUUGUCUUAUAAACAAAGAAGGGACAAAUCCUACUCUCAGGUGUAAUUCUUUGAAUUCAGUGAUUUAUUGCAGUAUAUAGUUUCUCUAGAUUUAGACAAUAUAGAUGAGCAGAAUUUACCCUGCACCCUGUGAAGGGCUAUAGAAAAAAAACCGCUUCAACUAUUUAUGAUUUAUUAAUUCAAAUAAUUUUACACUGAGUCUCACACUUGUAGUUUUGUAAAUGUUUCUUCCUCUCAUUUUGGAAUUCACAAAGCUGGCUAUUAAUCAGACAUUGGCCAGGAGACAAUAACAAACUCAAUUUUUGUCUGAAACCUGCUGUGCUGUAGAAACAACACUACUGUAUGUAUGCUGGGACAUUCCUCAGUAGAAUGCUUGCCUGACUAAGGAUGGCAAUUAGCUGUUCUGUAUGACUGGAAGUAAAUUCAGUAAAGUCCCAUAAAAUGAUCACGGUUUUCUCAUCAUCAUCAAGGCUUGAUUUCUGUGGAACUGGCUUUCCUAAUAGCUAAAGAACCAAUUAUACUUUCCCUGAUGUCAGUGGCAAA